GCUGAUCAGAGAAGCGCAGGGAGCGGAGGGGAAGAGCUUUCAGGUUUGUUUGUUUGUUUUUUGGAAAGAUGGUUCCUUCCACCAGUGGGGGUCCUAGCGAGCGAAAUCAUUUUUAUAGGAUGAUGAGAGAGUACGCGAAAGAAGCAAAAGGGAUCGCUGCCAAGUGAGCGAAUCGACGUCCAGCAUCGAGUCGACAAGCGCCACGCUGGGGAAAGAGGAGAGAUGUCUUGGUUGUCACCUGUGUCAUGGGCCAAAUGGACGUGGACGGCGGUGCGAGGAGCAGAGGAAGAGGGGGGCGAGCAGGGGGUACAUCGAGAGGAGGAGGAGGAGGAGGAGAGAUCUCAAGGCUGCAGCUCGGACUCAGACGGUCAUUUCGACACUCCCGAGGCAGCGACUCCUGUCCGCGACCCACCGUUCGUCCCGGGGGAGUUGGGAAGUAACAACGCUGACAACAAAGCAGAUGCGGAUCAGGAUGAGCACCUGAUGGUUACAGCUCCAAUCGGGGAUCACAAUAAUUUGCUCUUCCACAACAUGGGUCAGGAUGAACCAGCCGUCCCCAUGCAAGAUCCUCUGGAAAUGAAAAGCAAACACCUACAAGCGCCACAAAAUGGUCGCCUGACAAGGCCGAUGGAUUAUGAGCCUGUUCCUGAGUCAUUCCCAGUGACAUCGAUUCCGCAAACGGUCAAAUGCACAGUUCGACCACCGGAACCCCUCCGAGAAGAGAUAUUGCUUCCUGAAGUGAUGAAAUGUCAAUUUCCACCACCAGAACCUCCCCAAGAGCAGAUAUUGCUUCCUCAAGUGGUGAAAUGCACAGUUCCAACACUAGAACCCCCACGAGAAGAAAUAUUGCUUCCUGAAGUGAUGAAAUGCACAGUUUCACCACCAGAACCCCCCCGAGAAGAGAUAUUGCUUCCUGAAGUGAUGAAAUGCCAAUUUCUACCACCAGAACCCACCCAAGAAGAGAUAUUUCUUCCAGAAGUGAUGAAAUGCACAGUUCCAACACUAGAACCCCCACGAGAAGAAAUAUUGCUUCCUGAAGUGAUGAAAUGCACAGUUCCACCACCAGAACCCCCCCGAGAAGAGAUAUUGCUUCCUGAAGUGAUGAAAUGCCAAUUUCCACCACCAGAACCCCCACGAGAAGAAAUAUUGCUUCCUGAAGUGAUGAAAUGCCAAUUUCCACCACCAGAACCCCCACGAGAAGAAAUAUUGCUUCCUGAAGUGAUGAAAUGUCAAUUUCCACCACCAGAACCUCCCCAAGAGCAGAUAUUGCUUCCUCAAGUGGUGAAAUGCACAGUUCCAACACUAGAACCCCCACGAGAAGAAAUAUUGCUUCCUGAAGUGAUGAAAUGUCAAUUUCCACCACCAGAACCUCCCCAAGAGCAGAUAUUGCUUCCUCAAGUGGUGAAAUGCACAGUUCCAACACUAGAACCCCCACGAGAAGAAAUAUUGCUUCCUGAAGUGAUGAAAUGUCAAUUUCCACCACCAGAACCUCCCCAAGAGCAGAUAUUGCUUCCUCAAGUGGUGAAAUGCACAGUUCCAACACUAGAACCCCCACGAGAAGAAAUAUUGCUUCCUGAAGUGAUGAAAUGCCAAUUUCCACCACCAGAACCCCCACGAGAAGAAAUAUUGCUUCCUGAAGUGAUGAAAUGCACAGUUCCACCAACAGAACCCCCCCGAGAAGAGAUAUUGCUUCCUGAAGUGACGAAAUGCACAGUUCCAUCGCCAGAACCACCUCAAGACCCAAUUCCCAUCUUGGUUAAUGAACCAUAUCUGGAUCUCGCUCCAUCUCCAUCUCCAUCUUCAUCUUCCGCUCCCGCAACAAACUCGAUCCAAAGCAAUGAAGCUGUUCCAAAUCCUGCUCUGGAGCGCACACAGGAGAAGCCUCUUGUUGAUUCCGAAGCACAAUGCGGCGGCGUCCCCCCAAAAUCUGAUUCCGGUUCCAAAAAUAAAACCCGCAAAUCCAAGCCUCCAUCCUUGUCAAUAAAACAGAUGCCGAGGGAGGAUGCGCAAUCAAAUGAGGAAGAAGAGCUUCCCGUUCCCAAGGCCUCCUACAAAUUUGACCCGGACCAGAUCGACGACAGUUUCAACCCUUUCACGAGUGGCGGAUCCAAAAUCCAGAACUCUCCACCGCCAUGCGGUACAAUAACUUUCCCCAGGCCCGAGCCGCUCGGGAGCUCUCGGACCGAAGACAGCGCGGCGCCGCCAAGUGAAGAAUCGCACUCGGAGGCAAAAGCUGUGAUGCUGGAGUUUGGUCCGGACGAGGGGGCGGUGAGCAAACCGCCUCCAAAGAAAUUAGGAUGCAGAAAAACAGCCAGCAAAGUCAAGAAGCAAGUCAGGCCCAAAACGUCAGAGCCUCCCUGCGAACCAGCACCAGAACCCGCGGCGCCAGAAUCGGUGUCUGAGAAAGCACCAGAGACCAACGUGCAAAUUUCGGACACCGCUGUGCCUCUAAACCUGGAUGACGUUCCCAUUCCGAGCAAAGGAACGUAUAACUUUGAUCCCAGUCAGUGGGAUGACCCCAACUUCAAUCCAUUUGGGAGCAACAGCACUUUGAGCAAUUCUCCGGUGCUCCCCAAAAGCUCCUACACUUUCGACCCGGACAAGUUUGACGACUCCGUGGACCCUUUCAAGCCCACCAACACCUUGAGCAACGAGGAUUCGUCCGGUUGCUCCACUCGGCCCGAGAAAAAAACCAAAGAGGGAAGCACACAGAAAGCAGAGCAACCAGUGGGAGAGAAGAAAAUUCGGCAGAUUCGCAAGAAAAGCAAAGACAGGGCAGCCAAGAACCCCUGUAAAGUCGAGAAACAUGACGAGAGCCAAUCGCAAUCGCAGGACGUGUGCAAGCCGGAGGAGAACGAGGUGGUGGUUACCUCGCCGGAGAUCUCACAGCGAGUUCAUCACGCCACUGACGAGGAGAAGCUGGCGUCCACGGUCAUUACGGGGCAGACAACACAAGACGAGCCCCCGCCGAAAGGAGAGUCUGAAUCUGAGAAAACAUGCGGCAAAAAACAGACUCUUGAUGACACACCCGUCACGGAUACUCCCGAGACAGUGGAUCAUGAAGACGAGAAGGACGCCUGCAUUGUGAAGGAUGACACGCGCGAGAAUCCCACAAUGUGCAGCGACGAUGCCGACCCGGGGGUCCCGUGCCAAGACAAAAUUUCCCUGACCGAGAUUGACAAGGCUGCGGUGCUGACCCUCAUCAGAGAGGAGAUCAUCACGAAAGAGAUUGAGGUGAACGAGUGGAAGACAAAGUACGAGGAGAGCAGAGCUGAAGUUUUAGAGAUGAGGAAAAUAGUUGCGGAGUAUGAGAAGACGGUUGCCCAGAUGAUUGAGGGUGAGCAGGAGCAGAAGACGCUGUCCUGUAGUAAAUCGGUCAGACAGCUGACGAUGGAGAGGGACCAGGCCCUGGCUGACCUCAAUUCUGUGGAGCGCUCCUUCGCUGACCUCUUCAGGAGGUACGAAAACAUGAAGGGGGUCCUGGAGGGCUUCAAGAAGAAUGAGGAGGUCCUGAAGAAAUGCGCACAGGACUACCUGACGCGCAUCAAGCAGGAGGAGCAGCGUUACCAAACCCUCAAAGUGCACGCGGAGGAGAAACUGGAUGGGCAUUUCGAACGAAGAAGCAUAAAAGUCAAGCUCGUGUGUUUCCCCAACGUUUUACAGCGCGAGAAUCCCACAAUGUGCAGCGACGAUGCCGACCCGGGGGUCCCGUGCCAAGACAAAAUUUCCCUGACCGAGAUUGACAAGGCUGCGGUGCUGACCCUCAUCAGAGAGGAGAUCAUCACGAAAGAGAUUGAGGUGAACGAGUGGAAGACAAAGUACGAGGAGAGCAGAGCUGAAGUUUUAGAGAUGAGGAAAAUAGUUGCGGAGUAUGAGAAGACGGUUGCCCAGAUGAUUGAGGGUGAGCAGGAGCAGAAGACGCUGUCCUGUAGUAAAUCGGUCAGACAGCUGACGAUGGAGAGGGACCAGGCCCUGGCUGACCUCAAUUCUGUGGAGCGCUCCUUCGCUGACCUCUUCAGGAGGUACGAAAACAUGAAGGGGGUCCUGGAGGGCUUCAAGAAGAAUGAGGAGGUCCUGAAGAAAUGCGCACAGGACUACCUGACGCGCAUCAAGCAGGAGGAGCAGCGUUACCAAACCCUCAAAGUGCACGCGGAGGAGAAACUGGAUCGGGCCAAUGAGGAGAUAGCGCAGGUGCGUUCCAAGGCCAAUGCAGAGGGGCUCGCGCUCAACGCCAGCCUGAGGAAAGAACAGAUGAAGGUGGACUCGCUUGAAAGGGCCGUCCUUCAGAAGAAUCAGGAGAUUGAGGAGCUCACAAAGAUCUGCGAUGAGCUGAUUGCCAAAUUGGGAACGGAGUAAAACGUGAAAAGUUCUCUUUUAAGAGAGCACGCAAAGCAUUGGAUGGUGCACAUCAACGUACUUCAAGUAUCUGGAGUGAAUCUUGUACAUGUUUGCAUACCUCAUACGGAAAUAUUGAACUCGAGCAGUGUUCAAGCACAAAAGUGAGGCAUAGUUUGACAA